AUGGAUUCAUACGGAGCCUCGCUCAAUCGCAGCCAGUCGAUGGCGAGCGGCAUGGAGAAGGCAUCGCCCACGUGGAACAAACCCUCUCACUCUCGGAGCAGCAGCACUCUGUCGUCUCGCCACUCCAGACAGAUCAUCAAAGAUUGGGAAGUGAUUGACGACCUUCAGGCAGACUUUCAGCUCGGAGGAGGCGAGAACCCUCAGGACUCAAUGACCACUCCGGGGAUCUGUGAGGGUUAUCUUCUCAAGAGGAGGAAGUGGCCUCUGAAAGGUUGGCACAAGCGAUACUUUGUUUUGGAAGCGGGGACUUUGCGUUACUCCAAAAGCCAACAAGAUGUAUCGAGAGGAAGGGUUCAGGGCUCUCUAGACGUUAGCCUCGCUGUGAUGUCCAUCAACAAGAAGUCAAACCGGAUCGACCUGGACGCUGGAGACAUUCUCUAUCACAUGAAGGCAAAGAGCCACGAGCUCUUCUACAUUUGGAUGACGAAGCUACAAGCUCAUCGUCAGUACAAGAAGAACGAGGCAGCACACGUUCACGGCAGCUUCCUCUUGAGUUUCUCCAGCAGCGCAGCUCAGAGGAACGGAGAUCUGAGCUCUGGAGGCGUUGCAGACUCAGCAGGAGCAUCAGGAGUUCUUCCCUCAGCUAACACCGCCGCUAACAGUAAAGUGUCUGCGUGGCUGCAGCAGACUCACGAUCCAGACGCCUGCGUUCGAGAGUUGAACCGCUGCCAUCUGGCUUCCGAGCUGAACCGUUUGAUCCAGAGGCUUCAGGCGCUGGAGGCCGGCCAGACGUUCACUAACGGAGACCUGCAGCGUAUCAUCAGCAUACAGAAUCUUUCACUCGAGAAGCCGAAGUCGAAGUCAAAGUCGGGGAAGAUGUGGGGUCAUUCUCGCACCCUGUCCAGAGUCGAGGCUUUGGGAAUGUUGUCCUCCAGCCACCUGAGCAGCUCCUCUCACCUCGGUACGUCGGUCCCCUCCAUCCCCGACUACGUCUACACUCAGCUGUCUCCUCCGGUUCCCGCCUCGCCCGAGGGCAAGAAAAUCCAGCAGGAUAUCUGCGCCAUGUCGCUACGAGUUCUGGCUUCUCUGAAGUCGGUGCAUGAAACUCUGACGCAGGAGAGGCAGAAGCUUCAGGAAGUUUGGGAGACAAACAUCCCGUCAUCCAACCUGCUGACUGAGCCGGCAGGAGCGUCACAUCGAGGCCACGGACCUCCAUCAGUGGCGGAUUCGGCUGCGGAGUAUUUUGACGCCAGCGACGACGUCCUCUGUGGAAGUUCAUCUGAGUUAUCUGAUGAAUCCGGACUCAGCGAUGGAAGCACCACCAACUCAGAGCCGGAGGAAGGACACGUAUCAGCCACCGGGAAGUAUCGUGCCAGUAUUUCCAGAUCUCCAAACAGUGCCGUUCCAAAGAGCACCGGACGCCGAACUACACUUCCUGCUGACUGUCCAGACAACAGCCACGUGGGCCUCAUGGCUAUCCUCUACAAUAACAUAGGUAAAGACUUGGCUCGGGUGUCGAUGCCCGCAGCUCUUAACGAGCCCGUUAACCUGCUGCAGCGGCUGUGUGAGGAGCUGGAGUACAGCGAGCUGCUGGACACUGCCAACAACACAUCGGACCCCUACCAGAGAAUGGUUUACAUUGCUGCCUUUGCUAUCUCUGGUUACUCCACUGCAACGUUCAGGAACCGCUACAAGCCCUUCAACCCGGUGCUGGGGGAAACCUACGAGUGCUUCAGAGAGGAUCGGGCCUUCCACUUCAUCAGUGAGCAGCUACCUAAACCCUCUCCUGGCUCCUGA